AAAUUGAUCCGACUGUCGUGAAAUGAUGAGAUGACUCCGAUAUGAACGUUCUGUAUUUCGCAAGCGUGCUCCUCUUUGCUCUUAAACUUCAAAAGAGGAGCAAGAUACAAUGCCCUCGUCACUGGAGGAAGCAGAACAUUUCAUAGGUCAUUUUGACGAUUAUGCGGCUACAAUUCGACAGCCAGACUUAAGACUUUCCUCUGACCCUUUCGAUCUCAGUCUCUCUACAAAUCUCGGUACGAGCAGUGCCAAGGACCCUUCCCGACUGUCGGCUAGGUCUUUUACAUCCGACAAUAAUAACAAGGCCCGAAAUCCUACAUCCGUGGCUGUGACGCGUUCUGCGUUGAUCGAGUAUCCUUUGCGCCUCUCCAACGAAAAGGGCUUCCAAACUGUCAAAGGGCAGCGCAUGUCACUGGAUUCCCGUUUCCCGUUAAUUUUCGGUCCAGUACUUGGAAACGGUAGAGGUAACUGGAGUGGGUCUAUUGGGGCAAGCUCCGUCGCAAAAGGCAGUACCGGAUUUUUGACAGGAACUUUGGCUGGUCGGUAUCAGUUCUCCAACAAUUUGGGUUUUGUGGAGAGUGGGAUUUCUACAGUGGGCGACCACAAGGAAAUUAAGAUAGGAGGAUCGACUGAUAUUGGCUUUUCAAAAUCCACUUUCUCCAGUAUCGACAUUAGUACUCCAAUGAAUCAGCAGCCUACAUGCAAAGCCGACGUUUCCAUUAGUCGAAAACUGAGUGAGUCCUAUACGCUCAAAGGAACUGUAUCUUUGGACCAGAGGUUAUGUUCUUCCGCUGCUGUAUCUACAGGCGUCACGAUAAAUGCACAUACCCAGCACCCUUGGAGGCUUUCGGCAGGCUGGAGCAAAACCUGCUUUCCGUUCUUGUCGUUCUCGGUUUCGCCACGAACGUCAGCAAAGCGCUCAUUCAAUUUAUCGACUCGAUGGUCGGGAGGAUCCGGAUUGAACGUAGGUUUUUCGCUGUCGCAAAAACUGCAACGGGCGAUAUGUAUCAGUAUGGGUAUUCUACGCACAUUCAAGGGAUUGACAUGGACGUUGGUCUGGUCCGAUGCUGACUUGACAGUGCGCAUACCGAUCAUUUUGGAUGCUGGACACAUCAAUCCAUGGUUCACUACCAUGGAAGCCUUUUACGCCAUUGUCUUAAGCCACGCUUUACAAGAAACCAUUAGUCGUGUCUUUAAUGAACUCAAUGGAAAUCAAACCACUGCAGGUAGAGAUGUAAAGCGAGGACAAACAGGGAUGAAAUCGCGGGCCCAGGCGAUACAGCAGCAGAAGCUAAUGGAAUCACGAGCGGUCGCCCGCGUCCGACAAGAAACAAAGGAGAAUGGACUGGUGAUCCAAAAGGCUAUUUACUAUAUUUCGGGUGGUGAUAGCUUCGAUGUAACUGUUCCAAUGCAGUUCUGGGUGUCCGAAUCCUCAAUUAAAUUGGCAGAUGUAUCCAAGAAGAAUCUGCUGGGAUUUUGCCCCUUGGAGUUUCCCGGACAAACCGAGAAAGAAGCUGCUUAUGGAGAAGACCUAGGGAAGUGACAUCUACUCAGAAAGCACAGCCUCGCCUUUUGGUAAAAUACAUAUAUCGGUCAGAGGUAUACGAGAUCUCAGUAAACGACGAUGAGACGUUGUCCUUACCGCAUGACAAUGCAGAACCCCUUACCAAAGCUGGAGCAAAGUAAUAUGGGGCUGAGCUUUAGCUAUGUUUGUAAGGAUAGAACAAGUGAUUUGCUAGCGUCUUAUCCGUGGUUUCUUGUACUGGCCAGGGCGUUGGCGCUGCGUAGCCCAACCUUUGCUUUUAUCUCCCUUGGCUUCGUCCGCAGAUCUGUCUUUUUUGGCACUUGCAAAGGAGAUUGAUGAGUCUAAAUCAACUGCGACUAAGAAGUCAUCCGACGAUUCGUCGCUCGAUUCGGUUUUCUGCAUCCUUGAUGGCUUUAUAUCGGGAAUUGGUUCUUUGUCGUCAUCACUCUCACUGCUACUUUCAGAAGAACUGUCACUACUUGACCUUUCGCCAUAUCUCUCGGAAAUCUUCGAGUGAUGUCGUUUGCUCAAUGAUGAAUCAUCGCUAUCUUCAUCACUGCAAUCUUGUGAUUGAACGGCACCAAGGGUAUGUCCCUCACUAACAUUAGAAAAGGUUUUUUCGCUUGUAGGAUCAUUACCGGCGUUUUCGUCACUGCUCGUCGCCUCUUCUGAGCUGCUGUCAUUGUCGCCUUCGCUUUCCAUGGCUCUUGUGUCACCAAUAGGAAUUUCUUUCUCGAUGAUAGCGUCCACCUUUUCUGCAGCUUUCAUCAUGGCGGUCUGCUCCGAUGCUGCGGUAAAUCGUUUGUCCUCAUUUUCUGACUUUGCUGUCUUGUAUUUCUUCUCCUCCACUCCAAAAAUCUGUUCUUCUUGCGUCAGUGACCAGCCGCUUGGAAGCAUAUCGUACAAUUCGUUCGCUACCCAAGAAAUUCUGGACUGCCUACCGUCCUGCAGAGUCUUCAACACGCGCUCUCGCGUUCGACAUCGUUUAUACAAGGGCCGCCUCGCAUCGACCAUCCGCUUUUUCUGCCGAAAUAGGGGCAUGUACUUGACAUCAUGAGGGUGGUGCGCAACAUAAACCAUGUCUAGUGCAAUUUUAAACAGUUCCUGCUGUCUCGUUUCACUAGAGAUGUUGGGAUUCUUGCGAAUACUCUUCUCCAAACGUGUCAAACGUUGGCGCUCCAAAAAGCGAACGCCGUGAGAUUUUUUCGCGUUUUCUCGCUCUGUACUAACGCGUUCGUUCUGCACAAUAUAUGCUUCCAAUUCUUUAAUUUUCGCUUUAAUCAUCUGCUUGUGGGCUUCAUCCGUGGUCUUUAGGAGUAGCCGCUGCUGUCCCCGAAGCUGCUUCUUGAACGUGCCCCGUUUCGAUUUGGCGUUUUCGGAUUUGCCCUUCCGCCAAGGCUUAAAUUUUCGGUCCAGUCCAUGAGCUGUUGGAGCUCUC